AUGAGUGCUCCACAGCUCUUCCAGAGCGCAGAUUUGACGGAAUUCUUAUUUCAGCUGCCGCUCCCCGAUUUUUCUCUUCGUUGUCAGAGGCUUCUCGGUUUUCUCCCGUACGAAAGGGAUGGCGUGGCUUCGUUACGUGCGUGGCUUCGUUACAAGGCGAGGCUGGAGGCUGCCCUCCAGGACGUCAUCGGUCAAGUUUUGCCGGAUGCAACGACAACAGCAUUUGAGUAUGAAGAUGAGGACGGUGAUCGGAUUACCGUUAGAAGCGAUGAAGAAAUGAAAGCCAUGCUAUCCUAUUAUUACUCCACUGUAAUGGAACAGCAAGUAAAUGGACAGUUAAUAGAGCCUCUACAGAUAUAUCCAAGAGCCUGCAAGCCUCCUGGGAAACGGAACAUACAUGGCCUGAAGGUAAAUACGCGAGCGGGGUCUGCUAAUAAUAGCAGUUCGGCGGUCUCGGAUUCCCUUCCAAGCAAUAGCUUAAAGAAGUCUUCUGCGGAGCUGAAGAAAAUACUUGCAAAUGGCCAGAUGAAUGAACAAGACAUACGGUAUCGAGACAUCCUCGGUCAUGGCAAUGGAGGCACAGUCUACAAGGCAUAUCAUGUCCCUAGUGGAAAAAUACUAGCAGUAAAGGUCAUACCCUUAGAUAUAACACUGGAACUCCAGAAGCAGAUAAUGUCAGAGUUAGAAAUUCUGUAUAAGUGCGACUCAUCGUAUAUCAUAGGAUUUUAUGGGGCUUUUUUUGUAGAAAACAGGAUUUCGUUGUGUACAGAGUUCAUGGAUGGGGGUUCUUUGGAUGUUUAUAGAAAAAUUCCAGAACACGUACUCGGAAGAAUAGCAGUAGCUGUUGUGAAAGGCCUUACCUAUUUAUGGAGUCUAAAGAUUUUACACAGAGAUGUGAAGCCCUCUAAUAUGUUGGUGAACACGCGAGGCCAGGUGAAGCUGUGCGACUUUGGGGUUAGCACGCAGCUGGUGAAUUCUAUAGCCAAGACGUAUGUUGGAACAAAUGCUUAUAUGGCGCCUGAGCGGAUUUCAGGAGAACAGUACGGAAUUCAUUCGGACGUUUGGAGUCUGGGGAUUUCCUUCAUGGAGCUUGCUCUUGGGAGGUUUCCAUAUCCUCAGAUUCAGAAAAACCAGGGAUCUUUAAUGCCUCUCCAGUUAUUGCAGUGCAUUGUUGAUGAGGAAUCACCCGUCCUUCCAGCCGGGGAGUUCUCUGAGCCAUUUGUACACUUCAUCACUCAAUGCAUGAAAAAGCAACCAAAGGAAAGGCCAGCACCUGAAGAUUUAAUGAAUUGCUGACCGCGAUAUCCUUUCUAAUUCCACGUCGUCCUGAAGUUUCUGAAGCCUCUGUUGUAAUUCUGAUGGGUAUCUCCGUGUUCACUGUCGGAGCGGGUGAUGCAGGUACGAUCAGUGAAGUCCUGGACUUGUCAAGGUCAGCUUACCGUUGAUUUAAAGGAGAGCAGGAUUUCACCUCGUUCAUUGGGUUGGGUUGGUUUUUUUAUUAUUUAGAAGAAAUGUACUGGCAAGGAUGAAAGGUGUAACACGUAAUAGUCGUUAGCUUCAGACGAAACGGUGGAGUGCAGGCUUUCUCCCCUAUGGACGUGAACCGUACUGGAAGUCACUAUUUUGUAACCAAUUUGGUAUAAUUAAAGACUGAAAGCAAAAUGAAGGGAGCAGAACAUCAAUCUUUUUCUACUCUCUUGAUAAUCGGUGAAUUGUUAAAUGCAUUUUAAGAGCCGACUAACAAUACCUGGAGUGCCAGAUUGGCAACUCCCGUGAAGUCACGGGGUUACAUCAGGGAUGGAUUUGCCCUGUCUAUCACCUUAGGAAGCCCUUUUUUGUAGAAGUCACUAUGCGC